AUGAAGUGGAUUGUCCUAUCCCUCGCUGCAGUCGCGUCUGCGCUGCAGAUCCUGCCCCCGGUGCACUUUGAUAACACUAGUUCAAGCCAUAACAAAGGCUUUUUAUUAGCAACCACCGACCGGACAAUCUACCUGGAUACGGAUUUCGCUAGCUGGAAGGAUCAGAAUGGAUUGACGCUGCUUCCACCAUCGGCAUCCGACUUCGCCAACACUUUUCGCGGCGACUUACAGGAGCUGACGAACAGUUCUUGGGAGCUUCGCACGGUCAAGCAAUUUCCCAAACACGCGUCGGGAAUAUUCCUCGGUCGCGUAAACAAUCCGGAGAGGUUUACCUAUGAAAAUGGACGUGAGACCGAGGAGGGAUAUGAGUUGGAGAUCGAAGAUGGCAGUGUGUUUAUUCGAGGCUCCGGCGCGCGAGGUAUGUGGUGGGGGACGCGAACGCUCCUCCAGCAGCUCGUUUUGACACCCUCAUCCCUACCACCCGGUCGCGUGGAAGAUGCCCCUGCCUAUGCAACUCGUGGAUUUUUGCUAGAUGCUGGUCGCAAAUGGUAUUCCCUGGAGUUCUUGAAGGAUUUGUGCACCUAUGGCUCGUUCUUUAAAAUGUCCGAGUUCCAGUACCAUGCCACCGAUAACUAUCCACUGAGUCGCGGUCAGAAUGAGACAUGGAAUGAAGUCUACUCGCAGUUCUCUUUGCAUCCUGAAAGCGAGGCUCUUCAUCCUCUUGUUCAGCGUGCCAACGAAACGCUGUCCCGGGCUGAGUUUGAUGACUUCCAGCACCACUGUGCUCAGCGAGGUGUUACAGUGAUGCCGGAGAUUGAAAGCCCCGGGCACUGUCUCACGGUUACGAAAUGGAGGCCUGAGCUCGCAUUGGACUCGAAGGACCUACUCAAUCUCUCCCAUCCGGACACUGUUCCUUUGAUGAAGUCCAUUUGGGCCGAGUUCCUUCCUUGGUUCCACACAAAGGAGGUGCACAUCGGCGCCGAUGAAUACGAUCCUAACUUUGCGGACGACUAUGUUGAGUUCGUGAACGAGAUGUCCCGCUUUGUGCAAGAAACAUCUGGCAAAAGUGUCCGUAUUUGGGGAACAUACGAGCCAUCAAACAAUACCAUUAAUAAGAACGUGACAGUUCAACACUGGCAGUAUGGACAAUCAGACCCAGUUGGUCUAGCCCGCAAUGGCUAUCAGGUCAUCAACUCAGAGGAUUGGUGGGCCUAUAUGUCACUGAAAAGCAACCAUGUGCCUAUCAGCCCAGCCCCCUAUCCGCAGUUCUUCGAUAAUGCCCGCGUUCUCAACUUCGCCGAUCAGAACGGAUGGCAAUGGACACCGGAGCUCUUCAAUCCGGUGAAUACGACUGAACAACCGGAUGCCAAAGCUGUACCAGGUGCUCUUUUGGCUGCCUGGAAUGACAGCGGCCCGGACGCUACUACUCAACUGGAAGCCUACUAUGCAAUCCGUGAUGGCAUCCCGGUCGUGGCUUCAAGAGCGUGGUGUGGUGCGCGUGGACCUCACCUGCACGAACAAACCUUGGACAAAUCUAUUGCAAAAUUAUCUUCUCAAGCCGUGGGACAAAAUCUUGACCGACGCCUCCCAGGGGAAGCGGGUCAUGGAUCAGGACUUUUGCUUUCUUGGACACGGCCAACAACAAAGUCAAACCAGGAUGAACAUAAUUUAGGCUAUGGCAGUAAGGGAAUGGGUUAUACCCUCCAACUAGACAUCACGGGCCCUUUCUCUUUACAGUCCUCCGAUGCUACACUUACAUUGUCAUCAGACGGUGCAUUGACUUUUGUUUCCGAUGGAUGGCCUUACCCACUUCGGUCUGUUGCCGAGGCCGAUGGCUUCGACCAAGACCAGCCCGGACGAAUUUGGGCUAAUCAGACCACCUCCAGCCACGAGGUUGUGACAAUCCCCCGUAAAUCACAGGUCACUAUCUCCACAAACGAGAUUUAUGGAAGUCGUGUGUGGGUGGACGGAGCCUUUGUCGGCCGCUUUGAAGUCUUUAUCUACGGUGGAAAGAAUCAAGUUUUCUCAUGGGGUCAGAUGGCCUUUGUGGCGCCGUUGGAUGUUUUGAAAGGCUCGGGUUUGCAAAAUUUGACCAUUUUUCAGGGUAGCAGGGAUGGUUGA